UGCCAGACAUUGCCCACAACACGCUUGCCGAAUAACUGACUGACUGUCGCGCGGGAAACAAAGGCUGGGCUGCCGUGAAGUCAACAGUCGCUCCAUCCUGAAGCCAUGUGAGAGAGAGCCGCUGCUGCACAGCACACAUUCAGCGUCGGGUCGAGCGCCGCUCCCCGGAAAACAAACCGCACGCCCCUGCCAAAAGCCGUAUUCGCUACCCGAGAGAAUAAGCGAAUUAAUGCCCAUCAUUAGGUAGUAGUAUCCCAGUCGUAUUGAUCGCCUGUAUCGUUUACGCCUCCGAGCGGGGGUUUGGUUUUUCCCGAGCGGGCGCGCGAGAAAAACAUUUUGCUAUCGAAAGGGAACUGCUCUGACCAUUGAGAUGUCGGAAGCUUUGUCACAGCAAGAGAGACUUCGGGCCAUUACUGAAAAGAGAAAGAAGGAGGCUGAGAUUGAGAACAAAAGAAGACAACUGGAGGAUGACCGCCGACAACUCCAGCAUCUCAAGUCAAAGGCACUGAGGGAGCGAUGGCUGCUGGACGGAGCGCCAUCCAGUGGAGAAGACGAGGCACAGAAACAACUACAAGAGGACGAAGCCAAGACCAAACUGCUGGAGGAGACCAUCCUCAGACUAGAACAGGAAAUCGACGAGCUUGAGACUGGCGUGCCUUUGAAUAAAGGAGAAAAACAGGGCAAUGAGAAUGCACCUGAUGGUCCACUGAAGGCAGUAGAGAAUGGCAUACAGCAGCCCAGCCCAGAUCAAAACAGCAAGAAACAGAUUACAGGGAUUGAGGCCAAGCUGCAGUGCACAAACCCCGAUGCGGCCAUUGAGAACGCCAGUGCUGAGCAUCCCAUAACCAUGGUCUUCAUGGGCUACAAGAACGUAGAGGACGAGGCCGAGACCAAGAAGACGCUGGGCAUUGAGGAAACGGUGAAAGCUGAAUUCGUGGUCAUCGAGGACGGCGAGAGCAAAGCAGGAAACGAAGGGGCCAAAAAUGAUCAAGCUCCACCCAACGGCAGUGCCUCCAGUCCUGACAAAGCCGACGCCAAGAAGGAGGAGUCGAAAGAAGAGGGCAAUUCGAAAGAAAAGCAGCCCUGCAAGUGCUGCACAGUCAUGUAACCCUCGAAAUGUAGACUCUGACCCCCCUGACCAUAACGCAACAAUGAAGAAGUAUACCCCGUAUACUUACGAUUAACUUUUGUUGUCUAGUAUGUAUUUCUUUUUUUAUUUUUAUUAAUAUUUUUCUAUAUUUCUUGUCUUGACAUUUAUAUAUCUAUAUAUAUAUAUAUAUACAUAUAUUUUCAUUAUGUAAUCUUAUGAAGUCCAGUAUUUUGCUCGUCGAAGAACAGAAAAAUGAGGACCACAACAGACUCCACUUUAGACAACACCAUGGUUUUAAAGAACAUUUCUGUGGCCCUCGCCCUUAUUUUUGUUUUAAGAAAGAUAAGAUAAACGUCUCGAUAUAUUAAAUGAACUAGCUAUUUAUCUCCCGUAUACAUUUGUGUUUUUAAGAUAUUACUUUAUUACUGAGAAGAAAUGACUAUAUUGAUAUUACGAUGUUAUGUUUUUAAUAUAUAUUUUGAGCCUUCUGUUUUGUUUUAAUAUUUCUUUUUUGUUUGCCAAAUCAUCUCAGACCACUGUGAACACUGGUACAUGUGUAGUCUUUGUCCACGAUCGCACAUUAUUAUGCAUUACACUUCAUAGUAGCCCGAUACGUUUGUAAAUACGAUCCAGUUAUCCAUGCUAUGGUCGAACACAUUUAGUCAUGUUGUUUAAAAUAGGACACGUUAAUUACCCCAGAUCUUCAUUAUAAUCACAGCAACUAUCCGCUUUAACAGUGCAUCACUUUUUAUAGAUCGAAUAAUAUUUAUAAGAUAACCAAAUUUUUUUUUCCCUGCAGUACAUCAAAGAUAACAUUGUUGGAUAUAAUAGUAAUCAAUGCCUCAUAUUGCAUAUAUGUAGCCCAUACUGUUAAAAUGCAUUGUUACCAUAUGCAAAAUAUAUCUUUAUAUUAUUUUUUGUGG